GAAAAUCAACACUGUGACAGAUAAUUGACAGGUAUCAUAGAUAUUAUGGGUUGGGAAGCUAAAUAUAAAUAUAAAACGUUACCGCCCCCAAAACAACGCCUAUAAUUCCUAUGCCCGGCCAGGUAUGAAAUUCCAAAUAUAUAUGAAUACCUAGCCUGAGUAUCAGGCCUUCAAUGAGAAUGAAUACCUGAUGUAUUGAUGCAUUCACUGAUACAAAUUGACCUGCGAAACUUGAACAGCGAACAGAAUAAUUAGAGAGAGAAACGAAGCUGCCUUCGAUUUGACUUGAACCCACGAAGCAGACAGGAAGUACAGUAUAAGAGUGCAUUAAUGCAUUCAUAAUAUAACAGGUAUCCUAAUCCCUGUUCAAGAAACAGCUGACUUCAGGGUUGUGACGUUUUACCUGAAACAAUUAAGAGUUUUGGGAAAAAUCCUUACCUGACGAAGAAAUGACAACUGUAUUUUUGUAAGAGCUCUGAAAGUCCAAGACGUAUUGGGUUACCUGUGGUGUCCUAAACCAUGAUGCAUUGCGACAUAAUAACAUUACGUCACAGUGUUUACAAACGAAGCACAACAAUAACAAGACAAAACAAUAUCUCAUGAAAAACAUGCUGGAACUUUAAAAAAGACGGCCCGAUUGCCGCGUUUUAGGAGCAAAACGAAUGAUAAAUAUGUUUUCUAUUACGAAAAGGCUAGAACAGGCUAAACAAGCUGCCUGUCCAAGAGAACAUCAAGAAUUAGAGCACAUUAAAGCUGGAAGAAACGCAGAGACCUCUUUUGUGGCGAACCUGAGACUUCAAAGCGGAAUGGAUGCUUCGUCUAUUUUCUGCGGUCUUCGGGUUCCUGACGAAUAUCAGAGAAGAAGGAGAGAAAUUGAUGUCGUUUUACUUGUUAAUUCGGGAAUAUUUUGUAUUGAAGUUAAAAACUGGGGUGGAAAUGUGAAGAUAAGUGAAGACGGCAAUUCUUGGAUUCAAACAAAGAAAAGAAAAAUGUCCGAUAACUCAUACAUUACUAGCUUUGUUGAGCAAGAAAAUGGAUCUAUCGCCGUGAAACAAAAGGCAAUGUUACUUAAAGAUCACUUUUCAAGAAAGGGGGUAUUCAUCCACGAAAAACAACUUAAAUACUUCGUGAUUUUUGUCAAUAAAAACUGCGAGUUGGAUUCAAAAAUUCGCGAAGACCCGACUGUCAUCACCCCUGACAAAACCGAGGAAUUCAACAAAAGCUUCAAAAAAGGAUAUAUAGAAUCCCUCCACGAGGCAAUAACCCCAUCCUUGAUAUCUGGAAACCUUUCUUUCUCUGUGUUGAGCAGUCUAAAAUCUGUCCUGUCAUCUGUCGGGACAUGGGAUAUUAUUGAACUGAAUGGGGGGAARCGGUUGUACGGAGAUUUCAAAGAAUGUCCUGGAGUAUCCCUUGAUCGUAGUAAAACAGAAGCACUAGAAAUAUCCCAUCAGAGGAACUAUACUCUAAGUAUGGCAUGGGCAGCGAUAGGAUACACACCAAAAGUGACUGUUUCUCUUCUUGAGAGAAAUGGUGCGGGAUGGAUAUGGAAUUCUUAUACAGCGGUCGUCAAGAUUCCUUAUGAUACUGAAAUUGUUUUCAGGGUUUGUGGUGAUGAGCGGGAUUCAAAGAUUUCUAUCAAUGAUGUGAUUCGAAUCAAAAUAAGUAUAUAAUCACAUCCUUGUUUAGUUAAUUCUUCGUUUGCAAUAGACGUCAUAGUCGCCAUGUUGGAAGAAUUUGACAAACGAUUUUUCAAUGAAUUCUUUUGUUAUAUCUUCCAACAUGGCAGACAUCCCUUUUGUUAUUGUGCUCUCUUGGGAUUGAUUGCAAACCAAGAAUAUGGCCCAUUCACUUUGAUUGACAGAUAUCAAUCAAGCUAAAAUUUGAUAGUUGCUAUAAGAUGUGAGAAUGCAAUUGAUCUUAUAAUACUAUACUCAUUUAAAAUUGCAUAAGGACUGCAAAAGUUAUGCAAUUCAAUUACUCAAGUAUAUUUGCAGAGGCAUAUAUUGCCGGCAUGCAUGCCAGUAACCAAGCACAGGAAAUUCAUUGUAAUGCUUUGUAAAAUUGCAAUUGARAUUUGCAGCAUAUUUAAUGCAUUUUUUUUUUUAAAGACUAAGAACAACCUCAAGAUAAAAUUUAGAUGAGAUGUCAUGAUAAUAACUAGUGGGGACUGCUUUUGGUGUGUUGAAUACAACAAGUGAAUAUGAAUGACUAUCGGCAACAGUAGUUGAGACUGACUUGGUGUGUCAAUUACUACAAGUGGGUGGGAAGUUAAGGAAGCUUAAAACGUUUGUAACUAUACUGAAGUUUCGAAUAUUAGUAUUCAUCAGAGUGAAAGAGGUGUACAUGGUUGAAGACGGAGGGACAAAUUUUUAUGAAUAUAUUUUGCAAAUGUAACUUUGAUUCAUCUUAUUUAAAUAAUAGACAUUUAAUAAUAUAUUGAGCAGAACAUUGUGCAUGUAAUGUUGUGUUUGAGUGCGUGCAUAAUUUGCUAUUAAUGUAAGCCUAAUAUAAAGUAUUUUUUUGAUAUUUAUUAAUAAAAAAUGGUCUUUUUUGAGACCAACUGU